GUAAAAGUUGAAACCUUGUAACCAACAUGUCGAGGGCACGAUUCAUGGUGUCCUCCUUCUGGAGAAAGAGAUGCUUUCCAUCAGACCUAUCUUACAGUUGCUUAUGGCUGUUAAAAAUAAUCUACAAUAGCUGACUAACUUUGUAUACUGCAUUCCGAAAAACUUGAUGUAAUUUUUCCACAAAGAGGAAUAACUGUGAAAGCCGAAGUGUGAAAACCAAAGCAAAAUUCACGGUUAUUGGAUGCUGCGUUUUGAUAUCCUCUAUACCAAUACUUGAAGUUAGAAAAAGUUUUAAACGUCUUUAUUGUGUGAAGUUGACUUCAAACCAAAAAGAAAUCCAUGGUGGACAACAGAUACCAGCCCCAAUCCAUGAUGGACAGCAGAUGACAAUUCACACACCAGCCCCAAUCCAUGAUGGACAGCAGAUGACAAUUCACACAGAGAAGUCUUCACCAAAAUUGAUGCUAGAUGCAAAACAUGAAAAAAAGGUUUUAAGUUUCUUAAAUGGUGUUACAGAGAAAAGUGUUUUGUUGAUGAAAGGGAUGAAAUUAGACCAGGCAUUGGUGACUGAUAUAAUGAAUUUUCGCUCAAGGAAUGCAAAGAUUUGUGAUGUGAAUGACUUGUUAAAAGCUGAUGUUGUGAGUUUUGUACAUCUUCAAAGCUUGUGUACAGAACUGAAGAAAACUUAUGUACAGCAUAACAUUUUCUGUUAUCCAGAAUUGUCAAGGAAGAAAACUAAGAACCUACAAAGCAUAGUUGUGAUUGAUAUUGAAAACCUGAGGUCAGUCAGUUGGAUCAAAGUAAAUCGUCAGCUGGAGGUGAAGGAUUGGGGCCAUGCCACAUUAGUCCCUGAUCCUGACCAGAGGAGAUUUGACCAUGCGUUCCUCUACGAUGUGGCAAAAGCAGCACUACCUGAAAUUCCAAGAGGCUGCAGUUAUAUUAUCAAAGAAACUGGUUCGGAGACAUUGAAGAGGAACAAAUUAAGUAGCCAGGCAAUCCAUAUCAGAAUACUGCGUUCCAUUUUUACAACCUUGCUGAAAUUAAAAGUGUAUGAGGUUGAUGAAUCAAGUGUACAUACUGUAAAUAUGCAUGUAAUGCCUGAAAUUUACAGUUCGGUUGGUAAGUGGUUUCACUACGUUUCAAACUGUGAGAUAUUGAAGCAGGGACUGGAUGGCAAACUGGAGAAAACAUUUGUAUUACAGAUACCAACGAAAUUGCUGGUUCAAUACAACAAUAUAUGUGAUGAUCUCCUACAGGAACAGUAUGCUAGUGUAGCACUCUUAGCCAAUUCUUUUUACAAACUUGUCCUGUGUGAUUAGUAGGUUCUCUCUAACAUGUCAUUUGUAAGGGUGUAUAGGUCAGCCUAAACAAAACGUUGGACUACAUGUUUUGUAUAUGAGCAUGCCUGGGACAUGACCACGCGGAAUUGCUUCUCUUAGGCUUGGUUUGCGAUGCCGUGUUUAUGAUAAAACAACUGGAUUUAUGACUGGUAGGCCAAAACAUGAGUACAGGUCACAAGUGAGUGAUGUAUUCAGAUACACCCACGGUUUGUGAUCGCUCAACCAAGAUUAAUUAACUUGAAAUGUCUGUCCUAAUCAAUGCAUUAUUAAUGGAAGGAAAUAUUGGUACCGGAGCAGGAAAACACUUUGUUAUUCCACAGUUCAACAGUACAGUCAGUGAAGUGGGAUAUUGGCGCCCAUUGAAUAAACUUUAUUUGGUAAGACUGA